AUGAUCCAUUUGGAUUGCCCAGGUUGCUCACAGACGUACCAGCAUGCUUAUUGCAUCUGUGAAUUCCCAUUCCCUAAGCCAGACAUGAUCACUCGUUUGGAACGGGAGGAAGAGUCUCAUAAUUCUGAGGAGUGGCAGCUACAAGGAGGACCCGUUACAGAAAAUGAAGAAUCUGAUGUGAAGUCUCCAGAUUGGGCAACCCCCAUGAAUACCACCUCCCACUUCCCUCAGCCUCAGCAUCUUGACAGCUUUGGCCUGCGCCUGCCUCGGGACAUCACUGAGCUGCCUGAAUGGAGUGAGGGGUACCCCUUCUGCAUGGCCAUGGGCUUCCCGGGGUACGACCUCUCGGCUGAUGACAUAGCUGGGAAGUUUCAGUUCAGCCGGGGCAUGCGCCGCAGUUACGACGCAGGAUUCAAGUUGAUGGUGGUAGAGUAUGCCGAGAGCACCAACAACUGCCAGGCUGCCAAGCAGUUUGGAGUAUUCGAAAAAAACGUUCGAGACUGGCGCAAGGUGAAGCCACAGCUGCAGAAUGCCCAUGCCAUGCGACGGGCAUUCCGAGGCCCCAAGAAUGGCAGGUUUGCUCUGGUGGACCAACGCGUGGCUGAGUAUGUCAGAUACAUGCAGGCCAAAGGGGACCCCAUAACCAGGGAGGCGAUGCAGCUGAAAGCUCUUGAAAUUGCCCAAGAAAUGAACAUUCCAGAGAAAGGGUUCAAAGCAAGCUUGGGUUGGUGUCGAAGAAUGAUGAGAAGGUAUGACCUGUCUCUGAGGCACAAAGUACCUGUACCCCAGCACCUGCCUGAAGACCUGACUGAGAAGCUCAUCACUUACCAGCGGACUGUGUUAUCUCUGCGCAGGGCGCAUGACUACGAGGUGACACAGAUGGGGAAUGCAGACGAGACACCCAUCUGCUUGGAGGUGCCAUCCAGGGUUACUGUUGACAACCAGGGUGAAAAGCCUGUGUUGGUCAAGACUCCAGGCAGGGAGAAACUAAGGAUCACGGCCAUGCUUGGUGUCUUGGCUGAUGGGAAGAAGUUACCUCCGUAUAUCAUUUUGAGGGGAACCUACAUCCCCCCAGGAAAGUUCCCCAGUGGGAUGGAAAUCCGCUGCCAUCGCUAUGGGUGGAUGACUGAAGACUUGAUGCAGGACUGGUUGGAAGUGGUGUGGAGACGCAGGACAGGAGCACUUCCCAAGCAACGAGGGAUGCUGAUCCUGAAUGGCUUCCGGGGUCAUGCCACUGAUUCUGUGAAGAGUUCCAUGGAGAGUCUGAACACAGACAUGGUGAUCAUCCCCGGGAGCCUAACCCCACAGCUGCAGGUGCUGGAUGUGGUGGUGUACAAGCCACUGAAUGACAGUGUGCGUGCCCAGUACUCUAACUGGCUUCUGGCUGGGAACCUGGCGCUCAGCCCUACUGGGAAUGCCAAGAAGCCACCCCUGGGUCUCUUCCUGGAAUGGGUCAUGGUGGCGUGGAACAGCAUCUCAAGUGAAUCCAUUGUGCAAGGGUUCAAGAAGUGCCACAUCUCCAGCAACUUGGAGGAAGAAGAUGAUGAACUGUGGGAAAUCGAAAGUGAGUUGCCAGGAGGAGGAGAACCACCGAAAGAAUGUGAUACUGAGAGCAUGACUGAGGGCAACUGAAGGACCAAGCAAAUGACACUAUGGUUGAAACAGUUGGGGAAAAUCCUCAAGAUCAUUCUUGAAAGUGUGGAUGCCCAGGGAGCUCCAGGAAGAGGCAGUGUGCGGCUCAGAACAGUCAAGAUCCACCAGCAGCCAGGACGUCCCAGGGCACAGCCCCUCAUGCCCUGCCCGUGAAGUGUCAGCAAAAUCUCGGACCUUUAGGCACACCAGAAACUAAAACAGAAAUGAAACUUGGCCCCUGUCUUCUUUUGGAGCUGACUCCAUCUGUCCAUCAAAGAAAUGUGUAAAUACUACCCAGCAAAGAUGUAGGCUGGAGAAGAGACCAUCUGUUCACCACCAAGAGACAUCUUAUGGAUACAGCUCUAGUGGUGUCCUUUGGU